UCUUUAGGAAAAGCGUAAUAUAGCGAUACAGGAAAAUUGCCAGAAAAAUAAUUAUUAUCUGAUUCUUGUUUCGAUGGAGAAAAUUCAUUUUCUCCAUCGAAACCUUCAGCCUUCAGUUUCAUGCACACGCAUGCCCGAUAGAACAUUUUUCUCGUCCUAUUCAUUCUUUGCGCAUGGUGGUGAGAGUGCUGCCUCUGGAGCUUUCCGAAAUAAAAAGAGCUCGUGUCAAGUAAAAAAAGACGGCAGCUCAAUCAAGAAAAGCCGGUGCCACCCAAAACAUAACCUCUUAGACCUCAAAUUUAUUAUUCAUUGAAAUGGCAACAGGUUCAAAAGGAAUAUCAUCCACGAUGCCCAAACAUAAGAUCAAGGUAGGAAUAAUCGGAGGUUCGGGAUUGGAUGAUCUGGCAAAGCAUAUACUACGGGAAGAAACCGAAGUAAAACCACAGCCAGAUAGUUUGUUUGAAUUUCCAAGCACCAAAGUGACCCAAGGGACCAUUGACGGAGUGCCAGUAGCAAUAAUUUUAAGACACGGAGAGGGUCACAGGAUAAGUCCAAGUAAUGUGAACUACAGAGCAAACAUUGAGAGUCUUAAAUCCAUUGGAUGCACCCACAUUUUGGCGACGACUGCUUGUGGCUCAUUGAUUGAAUCAAUAAGCCCAGGAGAAUUGGUAAUUCCGGACAGUUUCAUAGACCGAACUCACCUGCGCAAAAGUACCUUUUUCGAUGGCACUGCUCCUCAAUAUGCAGGAGUUUGUCAUGUGCCGAUGGAACCAGCUUUCCAUCCUCGCACAUCAAAAAUCUUGGUUCAAGCUGGCAAAGAAUUGGGAAUGAGCCUCAAGCAUGGAGCAACUAUCGUCACUAUCGAGGGACCCAGAUUUUCUUCUAAGGCUGAAAGCAAAGCUUUUCAACUAUGGGGUGGUCACUUGGUUAACAUGACAACGUGUCCAGAGGUGAUGUUAGCAAAAGAAGCAGGAAUUCUUUACGCCAGUAUCGCAAUGGCCACGGAUUACGAUUGUUGGAGAGAAUCCGACAAAUCUGUGUGCGUUGCUGAUGUGAUGAAAGUCUUCAAGGAGAACGUUAACAAAGUUACUACCGUUCUCGUAAAAGCUAUCAAACUGAUCGGCGAACAAAAUUGGGACGAGGACAUUGAGAAUUUAAAGAAGUUGGUCACGGAAGGGAUUGUUUCUAAGAGAUAACCGAAGCAUCAUCCUGUGGAACUAAAUGACGAAAGUGAUCAAAAACACAAUUCAUUCCAAAGAAAAAUUGUUUUUACGUGACGAAAUAUUACAAAAAAUAUAGAAUUAAUAGAUUUGGGAUUA